GAGUCACGCGCUCACCUCUAGAACUCUAUCACACAGCUACAUGGGAAAUAAUUUUUUUAUUUAGUAUUUAAAACAAAGAUUGUGAAGCAGCAGCAGCCUCACACAUCAGAAACAGGGGCUAAAAGGCACACCAACAUCCACAUAGAAGGGCUAUUCAAUUGCACGCAAUAUACACACUAUUAUGUCAGGCAAUAUCAACAAUUAUUCAACUCUAAUGCAUGCAACGAAUCGUGGAUACGGCGAGCAGCCGCAGGCACAAGCUGAGGCGCUCAAAAAUAUGCAAAAGCUGCCGCAAAUCAUUGGCGACUCCGGCGUACAGCUGGGACACAGCAUUGAUGAUCGCGAGAAGGCAAUUGUGGACAAUAUAAAUGCGGAUCAGAAUGCCGUAACACAUCUCAAGUAUAUAAAUUCCGAGCGGGAUUUAUCGCUGCCUCUGGACAAGCAAAAUAAAGUGCUGGACAAAUAUCUGGACAGCCAAGAGGAUGAUGCAUCACUACGCAAAUAUCUGGUAUUUGGCGUCCAAUGGGUAUCGCUGGUCACAGAGAAUCUGCUCAGUCAUCCAUUUAUUGUGCUGCGACGUCAGUGUCAAGUCUAUAAUGCCUCACAACGAUAUCACUUGCAUCCAUUUCAAUUGCUGCCCAGCAUUGUGCAUCUGCAUCGUCGCCAGGGCGUCACAACGCUGUGGAAAGGUCUUGGCAGCUGUCUCCUCGUCCGUGGCAUGACCCUGGCCAUUGACGAUGUCAUCAGCAAGGCAACCAGCUGGCCAAAAGAUGUCGACAGCCGUACAACACUCAAGCGCUUUGGCCAGCACAUACUCCUCAAAUGCAUCAGCAUUGGUCUGGUUGUGCCCUUCUAUGCGGCGUCGCUCGUGGAGACCGUGCAGAGUGACAUUGCCAGUGAGAAGCCCGGACUGUUGGAUGUCUUUCGUGAGGGCAGUCUGCGUUUGUUUUAUUGGAGUUCGCCGCAAAAGGGACGCAUGUUGCCGGCGUGGGCGUUAAUCGGUCCCAGCGUUUCCAUGGGCAUUACCAAAUAUCUAUUUAGUCUUGUUAUACGAGGCGUCUCUUCAAGGAUUAUGCGACGCCGUCUCACCCAGAAACAGGAACAGCGAGGCGCCAAAUUUCGCGAUGAUACGCUGGAGCAUCAGAAUGCUGAAAUCUAUGCGAGUUUAAUUGCCAUGCUGACCACAGAGGUGUUAUUCUUUCCCUUUGAGACCAUACUACAUCGAUUGCAAUUGCAAGGCACACGGACGAUCAUUGAUAAUCUGGAUAAUGGUUAUGCGGUGGUGCCGAUAUUAACCAAUUAUCAGGGAGCCAUUGACUGUUAUCGCACCACGCUGUUAUCAGAAGGCUUUGGUGGCCUGUAUAAAGGAUUUGGUGCAAUGAUUUUGCAAUUUGCAGCACAUGUGGCUGUUAUUAAAUUAACCAAAUGGGUUGUUGGCCAAAUUACGGAAUGUAUUUCAAAUCGACCGCCCGCACGCAUCGUUCAAUAUUAUAAUCUUGAUCGUGGUGUUGGCCAUUCAAAUUCAACAACCAUUUCGCCGAGCAUUUCCAGCACGGAGCUCGAUGUUCACAGCGUCGGACAGAAUUCGCUUGAUUAGCUUUUUCUGUACCGAAAACAACAACAACAACAACAAGUUUCCAAAAUUUAAUGUACGAUUUGCCGCAACGACUCUCAAAGAAAUUCUUCAGACAAUUCUCGAGUGAUAGAAAAUGAAGUCGGCAAGUUUUUAUGUUUUGUUUUUCAUUUUGCUGUGAUAACUUCCGCACUCGCCCAAGCAGCGAGUCUUGUGUUUUUCAUAUAUAUAUAUAUUGUACAAAAUAUAUAUAUGCAUUAUAUUUUUUUUCCGCUGUCUUCUUCCGAUCAAGCGCAAUAAAGUUUAGCCAAGAAUGUUAUUUAUUGAGAACUGAUAAAACAAAAAAA